UCCCGGAUCUUCUUUCUCUCUCCUUAUGCCACGUCGCCAGCCAUCUUGAAAGCCGUAUUGAUGCCAGAAAACGACACAUUUAUCUAGUCUUUAAACGCUUUACAUUUCGAAAUGAAAGCGUCUUCACUCCUCGUAGUCUUAUCUGUAGUCUUAUUGAAUUAUUUUGCCCUAGUUAGCACUCUUUCGUUCACUUUACCACCCGGUCAAGAGAAGUGUCUGAGAGAAGAAGUUCAUAAAGAUGUUUUAGUCACUGGUGAAUACAGAUUAUCAGAAGCUCCCCAUCAGAAAACGCACUUAACGGUAACUGAUUCUACCGGGCAUGUCUUGUACAAGAAAGAAGAAGCAACCAAGGGGAAAUUUGCUUUCACAACUGAUGACUAUGACAUGUACAAAGUCUGUGUAGAGAGUGAAGGGCAAGCUGGAGGAGGAGUUGACCGUGAAGUGUUCUUGAAUGUCAAACAUGGUGUAGAAGCAAAGAACUAUGAAGAUUUAGCAAAAGCUGAAAAGCUCAAACCAAUGGAAGUUGAAUUGAAGAGGCUAGAAGAUUUAGCAGAUGCAGUUGUUAAUGACUUUGCUUACAUGAGACAAAGAGAGCAGGAAAUGAGGGACACAAAUGAAUCCACAUACUCCCGUGUGCUGUAUUUCAGUGUUUUCUCUAUUCUGUGUUUGUUUGGUCUGGCCACAUGGCAACUGUUUUACCUGCGACGAUUCUUCAUUGCCAAGAAGCUCAUUGAGUAGCUCUGGAAAUUUGAUGCUGAACCAUUACAAACUUGACUAUCAUGCCAGCUCUUUCAGAUGUUUUGUGACAUUUUUAUGAAUCGUGCUGGCUCUGAUGAACUUGUCACUGGGUUUGGGGUAUGAAACCCCUAGUUAUGUGUUCUGAACUAACUUCAGCAACAUGUGUGACGUUACUUAAUUGGUUGGACUUUCCUACAACCACUUCUAUCAUUGAUGCCAAGAUCUUGGGAACUUUACAAAAUAGCAUUGGCUGUAUAGUUAUUGUAGGUACAUGUAACUUUUGCAUACAGACAAGGAGGAGAUGAGAAACAAGCAGUCACGGCAGGGAAAUGACCAUUGUGACGAAGCGAAUCCUGAGGGAAUCAAAUUAAAUUAACUUGAUAUGUUUACAUUCUGACCACCUAACAUUCUCAGAACCUCAUAGAAAAUUAAUAAAUACUACUGUUAGUAGCAAUGUUCACUGUUGCAACUUUGUAGAUACAGUGGGGUGCCUAGCAAAUAUCUCAUCCCCAAAACUUGGUUGAGCCUUAGUGGUUUGUUGCCUUAGUUGGUGGCAUGACUGUUGACAAAGUCAAAGCACUACAUAAUUGUCUGUGCUUGUGUCAAGUUUUGAUCUGGUGAUGCAAAUCAGAAACUCUCUGAAGUAUUUCAGUGGAGAAAAGAAGAGCUAAGCCCCACAUUUCCAUAUCACGAUGUAGAUAUAGAACUAGUCUGAGGUGUUGACCUAAUGAUGUCGCAAGCAAAGAGAAUUAAAAAAAAAUCGCAAUGAGUGAAUUUCAUUUCUUUUCCUCUCAGUGUACUCUACAAGAAAUAGAAAACAUUUUUCUUAGUUUCUCUCAAGUCAUAGAAACAUUGAACUGAUAAUUGCCUUUGAAUUGUGUUCCCUUAGCAUUCCUCAUUCGAUACCAAAUUUCCACAUGUUUGUAAAACUCAAUUAGGCACUUUUUGACAGCAAAUUCUAUGUACCAUACUUUUGAUUUUCAGAGAACAGUUCCUUUAUUUUAAAAUGAGUGAGUGAGUGAGUGACUGGUAUUCACUUCGACUUCAAUAAAUAAUUACUAAAUAAUGAUAAGUAAUAAAUAUGACUUAAGAGAACACACGUGAACUCUGGAUAGUAUGUGUUGUGAGUAGUAUGUUAUGUUAUGUGUCUGACCUUGCUCAAAAGGUGUGGCUUAUGAGCUCAGUAAUGCAUUACACCAGUAAAUGUUAGCUCGGGUAUCAGGCUUUUUGAAGGUAGGGCAGAAGGGGGAGGGGAAAAAAAAAAAGAACGUACAAAUGUAAAAGAGAAGAAAAGGACCUCUGCUUCUCUCCUCCCCCAACCUCCUCUCCCCUUAGGAAGGCCUGGUACUUGGGGCAGUAAAAAGGGGGUACUUGUGGGUUCAAAUCUGGCUGAAGUCCUUGUAAUUACUUUUGUCAGACUGAUUUUCUUAAAUUGCAUUGACUUACUUAUAUUGUAAUUAACUUCCUCCGCCAUUUCUUCAGUGUUUAACUACUUUGCUUUACUGAUAACCUUGUCUAUGCUAUUUUAGAAUAAUUUGCUCAUUUUACAGACAAUCUGCAUGUGAAGAAAAAAGUCUUCUUGCAGCAAAUCCCGAAAUAAAUUAUAAAUUGACUUACAAGA